AUGUCUACCCCUCAGUCGCUCGCAACGACAAACUACUUCCCUGGCGUCAUCGACACGAGUCCUUGGGGCCAGAAAGUAUGUGAAGAGCUCGAGCAGUUUCCUUCUCUGGACUCGGAUGUGACAGACUUUAGCCACGGCAUGAUGGCCCACGACGAGAACACUCCUAUUAUAGACCUACGCCAGUACCACGGCAUGACUCAACAGGAACCGGACAACAUGCAAAACUACAAUCCCCAUGCCACUCGCCGACUGUCUGAAUCUUCCUUUUCUAUGUCCAGCACCGGAGGCGUGCUCCCAGAGUCUGCACCCUACGAGGAGAUGGGUUCUCAAGAACCAGUUCCGUAUGCAUCAGAGUAUGAUUCCUGGAGCCACACUGAGCCCACCGCAAGUCACCUUCUAUCUCCCCUUGCCUCGCCGCGUCGCUCCCAGUACGACGGCGUUGUUCGAGGUGGAAGUCGUUCCCGCGCAUCCCCAACACCGCACAACAAUGUCCGCUCAUCACCGUACUCACUCGACAGCAGCAGUCGCUUCAAGAGGUGGUCUACCGGCCAUGCACCGACAUCGACACCCACCAACACACGUCCCAUGUCACAAGUGUCGGAUCGCUAUGCUCCCUACGGACCUCGGAUGAACCCGCAUCACUCCAUGCCGACCUACCCUCCCAGCGCGUACAACAACUUUGGACUCAGCCCGCAAAACGUUCUCUACUCACAAACGGCCCCUCAACACCAGAGCAACCCCCAGUACUUCUCGCAUCAAGAGCAGCCGCAGUACCACCUCGAAGUGCCGCGACCUCUCCCCUCGCAGGGACUCUUCCGUCUACUCCAAAGCAACGCAGACCGCCACGGAGGCUGCUCAUCCCACUUUGCCGAUCUCUCUGACCCCCCGGAUCUAUACUCUUCCCUGCACGAGGAGGCGCUGAACCCCCCAGAGUCUGACAUGAACCCCUCGGAUCCUGACCUCAUCCCGCACGAGCAAGACCUUCGCUUUGUCGGCGAUCUCUACACCCCGCGUUGGGUCCGUGGGCACGGAAACAAGCGCGAGGGCUGGUGUGGCCUCUGCAAGCCCGGUCGCUGGCUGGUGCUCAAGAACAGUGCGUUUUGGUACGACAAGUCAUUCACACAUGGCGUUAGCGCAGCCACAGGCGCUGCCUUCCAGGGCCCGCAGGAUACCCGUCGGACCGAAGGCAACCUCGAUGUAUGGGAAGGUCUCUGUGGAAGCUGCGGUGAAUGGAUCGCAUUGGUCAGUAACAAGAAGAAGGGAACUACAUGGUUCCGACAUGCAUACAAGUGUCACACACACCCAAAAGUCAAAGAUGGCCCUAAGCGCCGUCGUGAAACACAAGCCGGGCGCGUCCGCGCAGCAUCAUCAGUCUCGGCCACAUCGUCCUCGUACCCUAUCAAGCAGGACGUCUCGCAGCCAGACGCACCCUCUCACCGUCAUUCCACCCCCACGCCGAUACCGGGCAGUUCCUCUCUGCACUACAUGCAAGGCGGGCCGUCCUCGACGCCGUUGCAGAACUCCACACCCACAUCGACACCGCAAGUCAACACCCCAUACUACCCAAAUAGUUCGUCGUACCCGACGCCGAGUUCAGCAACCCCCACGAUGCACUCGCUUCGCACGCCCACCGCCUCGUCUUUUUCCGAAGUGCAUGACAGACACGAGCCCGUCGUCGGCAUGUUCACGACGCCGCUCCAGAGUCUAUCAAGCUUCUCUGGUCACUCGUACUCGCCCAACCUCGCGCACCAGGUCAGCGAACCAGAACUCGUGGGUAUACGGUCGACGACGACGGCGUUGAAUUCGAUAGCGAGCAUGAUAUGA